CAUGUUGCUAGUAGCUGACCGGCUGGAGGGGCCCUUCAACAUCGAAGCCAUCAUGGAACCCAUAGAUGUGAAGAUCUCUGAAGCCAUCAUGACCAUGCAAGACAACAGCAUGACAGUUUCAGCUAAGGUGUUCCAGGGGUGUGGUCAGCCCAAGCCGUCUGGGAUGGGCAGCAGCAGAUCAGCCAGGGGGAUCUCUGAUGUCUUCAACGCCCGAUUCAGACCCUACAGCCCAGAGGAGAGACCCACCACGGCCGCUGGCACCAGCCUGGACAGACUGGUCAUGGCUCUGUGUUGA